AUGGGAAAACCUUCCUCCUUUGUCUUCCUCAUCAUCUUGCUUCUUUGCUUUACAGUCACCUUAGCUUCCAUUCAUACAAACAUCAAUACUGACAAAUUUGCACUUCUUAAUCUUAAGUCCUUUAUCACCUCUGAUCCAUAUGAUUUUUUAGCUAAUUGGUCUGUCUCUUCUAGUCCAUGCAGCUGGGCUGGUAUCACAUGCAAUAAUCGGCAUGGAAGGGUCCAUUCUGUGAAUCUUAGCAGCAUGGAACUUAAGGGCACCAUAUCUCCACAACUAGGAAAUCUCUCAUUCCUUGUUGAACUUGAUCUCAAUGAAAACAACUUUCAUGGUCAGAUCCCACAAGACUUGGUUCGAUUACGUCGAUUGAGACUACUCAAUUUGAGCUAUAAUGACUUUCAUGGACAAGUUCCAACAUGGAUAGGAGAUUUAACUAUGCUUGAGCACUUAAGUUUUCAAAAUAACAGUCUCAACGGAUUUAUUCCAUUAUCUCUGUUCAAUCUAUCAAGGUUAGAGACUUUAGAUUGGAAUUCCAAUCUCAUUGAAGGUACCAUUCCACCAGAGAUAGGAAGUCUAAAGCACUUGAAGAAGUUACAACUUUCAAGGAACAAACUUUCAGGAGCAAUUCCCCAAACAGUUUCCAACUUGUCUUCGCUUGAGUUGCUUUGGUUGUCUCAUAAUAAUUUGUCAGGGAGCAUCCCAAAUGAGAUUGGGGAUCUUUCACAACUGAAGAAAUUGUAUCUUGGAAAUAAUGAACUUGUGGGUUCUAUACCAUCUUCAUUAUUUAACAGUUCAAUGCUACAAGACUUCCAACUUGGAGUAAAUAACUUAUCUGGAAGUCUCCCAAUAAAUGUGUGUGUUGGGCUUCCAAAGCUACAAAUAUUUUUUGUGGAUGGAAAUGAUUUGUCUGGCAAAAUACCCUCCACUUGGCAUCAAUGCACAGAAUUAUUAAAAUUACAAUUGGGGUAUAACAAAUUCAACGGAGGAAACAUACCAAUUAACAUCGGAAAUCUGACCAACCUCCGGAGGCUAUAUCUUUCCGACAGCAACUUGCAAGGAAUCAUUCCAAGUGAGUUUGGAAAUUUGACAAACCUCCAAGCCCUUGAGCUUGGCGAGAACAUUUUGCAAGGAGUCAUUCCAAGUGAGAUUGGAAAUUUGACAAACCUUGAAAUCCUUAUUCUUCGCGACAACAAUUUGCAAGGUUUUAUACCCAAGGACAUAGGCAGUCUUGUUAAACUUGAAGUCUUAGAUUUGGGAUCAAAUCAUUUGAGCGGACCUAUUCCUUUCAGUGUAUUCUCCAUUUCAACAUUGAAACACUUACACCUUGGCAAUAACUCCCUCUCUGGUGUUCUCCCAUCAUAUUUAGGGAUUGGCCUUCCCAACUUGGAGCAAUUACUACUGUCUCAAAAUGAGCUGAUUGGACAAAUUCCAAACACCAUAUCAAAUGUUUCUAAGCUCAUUAGGUUAGAUUUAUCAUUGAAUAAAUUUAACGGAGCUAUACCCAAUGUCAUUGGAAAUUUAACAAACUUGUUCGACUUAACUUUGAAUGGGAAUGAUUUGAAUGGAUUGAUUCCAAACACAAUCAGAAACUUACAUAAGCUUCAACGUUUAAGUCUCAGCAACAACAGAUUGCAAGGUGCCAUUAUAGACGAACUUUGCCUGCUCAAAAGUCUAAGUGAGUUGGAUCUUGCUAACAACAUGUUUUCAGGAGUGGUUCCCAGAUGUCUCGGGAAUACUUCUUUGCGAAACUUGAAUUUUAGCUUCAACAAAUUGAUUUCUCAUAUGCCCUAUUCUCUUUGGAGUCUUAAAGAUAUUUUGAUUUUAGACAUAUCCUCCAAUGCAUUGAGUGGAUCAAUUUCACCAGAGGUAUCAAACUUGGGAGCAAUUAUACUAUUGAACUUGUCAAGAAACCAAAUUUCAGGAAGCAUUCCUGCAACUAUGGGUGGUUUGCAAAACUUGCUAACCCUCUCUUUGGCUCACAACAAAUUACGAGGGUCUAUUCCUAAAUCAUUUAGCAGCAUGAUAAGCAUAGAGUCUAUGGAUCUUUCCCAUAAUUAUUUGUCUGGUGUGAUUCCAAAGUCCUUAGAGUCAUUACUCAAUCUUAAAUACAUCAAUCUUUCCUACAAUUUAUUGGAUGGAGAAAUUCCAAAUGGUGGUCCUUUUCAAAAUUUUACUGCUCAAUCUUUUACAAUGAAUAAAGACCUCUGUGGAAAACCCCAACUACAAGUCCAACCAUGUAGGAGAGGAAACAAGCACAUAUUAAAUAAAGUGAUACUGGUUAUAAAAUGCUUAGUACCUAUCAUGGUUGUCAUUUUGGUUGUUAUAGGCAUUGUCUUUCUAAAGCAUAACAGAGAUGAUGCUAACUAUGCAACACGAAGGGAUUUAACAAAUUUAGAUGCACCACCUAGGAUAUCUUAUUAUGAGCUUCUACAGGGAACAAAUGGAUAUGAUGAAAGUAAUCUUCUUGGCUCUGGAAGUUUUGGAUCAGUAUACAAAGCAGUUCUUCUAAAUGAAAAGAUUGUUGCUGUCAAAGUAUUUAACAUAGACAUGGAAGAAGCAUUGAGAAGUUUUGAUAUUGAAUGUGCUGCCAUGUGCAAUUUACGCCACCGUAAUCUCAUCAAGAUUAUUAGUAGUUGCUCAAAUGAUCAUUUCAAGUCUCUAAUCAUGGAAUUCAUGUCCAAUGGAAGUCUUGAUAGAUGGUUGUACUCUCAUAACUACUAUUUAGAUAUCCUACAAAGAUUGAAUAUAAUGGUUGAUGUGGCAGUUGCAUUAGAGUAUCUUCAUCAUGGUACUUCUACUCCGAUUGUUCAUUGUGACAUAAAACCAAGUAAUGUUUUGUUGGAUGAAGAUAUGGUGGCUCAUCUAAGUGAUUUUGGUAUAGCUAAACUAUUAGGUGAAGGACAAUUGGAAACUUACACAAAAACAAUGGCUACAAUUGGCUAUAUGGCACCAGAGUAUGGAUCAAAAGGAGCGGUUUCUUUCAAGGGAGAUGUGUAUAGCUAUGGUAUCAUGCUAAUGGAGAUGUUUACAAGGAAGAAGCCAACUGAUGAACUGUUUGUUGAAGGUCUUGGUUUGAAAGAGUGGGUCAGCAAAUCAACACCACAUUCAAUUAUCAAUAUUCUAGAUGUCAAUUUGCUACGUGAAGGGGAUCCAAAUAUCAACAAUAUAUUACCACAAAUAUCAUCAAUUUUUGAGUUGGCAUUAAGUUGUUGUAUUGAAUUACCUAAGGCACGAAUUAUGAUGACAGAUGUUGUGGUCUCAUUGAAAAAGAUAAGGUCACAUUUACCUAAGAUGUUAGAGAUGCACCACUAG